AUGCAGUCCAUUUGUCAGCAAGAAGCUGGUUUCUGUCCAUUUGGUCCUUGCUCCCCGAGACUUUCUGAUUCAAGUACUUAUUUCAGAGUUUCAUAUCGAUUUUGGUUCUCAUUUCAAGCUAGAAACGCCGGCGUCUUGGCUUGCCAAGCACAUACUCAUUGUAUUGAUUCUGAUACCGGAGCUCCGGGAUACAGAUGCGUUUGUAAUCAAGGCUAUCAAGGUCAACCAUAUCUUGAUCCAGGCUGUCAAGAUCCCAACAGUAACCUGUGCGAGGGGAUCUGUACCAACACUCCUGGAAGUUACUCGUGUUCUUGCAAAGAUGGCUACGUUGUAGAUGAAUUUAGCGACGGUCGAGGUUGUCUUGCUAAAACUUCGGAGUUCCCAGUUAUCAAAUUCUCCAUAGGUCAUUUUGGAGAUGGAAGACGAUCACUAGAACAAUACGUGUUCUCAACGACUUAUUCUGGGAAGCCAUGUGGCACCGAUGAGCAACAUAACAACUCCUACAUGAAGAUGAUGACAAACGUGGUGGGCGGUGGAGGCGCUGCUUAA